UCUGGCAACGUAGGGGGCGUGGCCCUAGGGUGGGCGGGUCCGCGCACGCGCCGCGUCUGGGUGUAGGUGUUCCGGAAAUGUGACUGAGAAAUGAGAUGGAGAAGUACGAGCGGAUCCGAGUGGUGGGGAGAGGUGCUUUCGGGAUUGUGCACCUGUGCCUGCGCAAGGCUGACCAGAAGCUGGUGAUCAUCAAGCAGAUCCCAGUGGAGCAGAUGACCAAGGAAGAGCGGCAGGCAGCCCAAAAUGAGUGCCAGGUCCUCAAGCUACUCAAUCACCCCAACGUCAUUGAGUACUAUGAGAACUUCCUGGAGGACAAGGCCCUCAUGAUUGCCAUGGAAUACGCACCAGGUGGCACCCUGGCUGAGUUCAUCCAAAAACGCUGUAACUCCCUGCUGGAGGAGGAGACCAUCCUGCACUUCUUUGUGCAGAUCCUGCUCGCGCUCCAUCACGUGCACACCCAUCUCAUCCUGCACCGGGACCUUAAGACUCAAAACAUCCUUCUUGACAAACACCGCAUGGUUGUCAAGAUCGGGGACUUCGGCAUCUCCAAGAUCCUUAGCAGCAAGAGCAAGGCCUACACGGUGGUGGGCACUCCGUGCUACAUCUCCCCUGAACUGUGUGAGGGCAAGCCUUACAACCAGAAGAGUGACAUCUGGGCCCUGGGCUGUGUCCUCUAUGAACUGGCCAGUCUCAAGAGGGCUUUUGAAGCUGCGAACCUGCCAGCGCUGGUGCUGAAGAUCAUGAGUGGCACCUUUGCACCUAUCUCUGACCGGUACAGCCCUGAGCUGCGCCAGCUCGUCCUCAGUCUGCUCAGCCUGGAGCCCUCACAGCGGCCACCACUCAGCCACAUCAUGGCACAGCCACUCUGCAUCCGCGCCCUCCUCAACCUCCACACCGACCUGGGGAGCAUCCGCAUGAGGAGGGCAGAGAAGUCCCUGGUCCCAGGGCCACCCAUGGCCCCCGGCAGCACAGGGAGCAGGACCACAGGCGCCCGCUGCAGGGGUAUACCCCGGGGACCCGCACGGCCGGCCAUUCCGCCACCGCUGUCGGCGGUCUACGCGUGGGGCGGUGGGCUCAGCGCCCCGCUGCGGCUGCCGAUGCUCAACACAGAGGUGGUCCAGGUGGCAGCUGGGCGCACGCAGAAGGCGGGCGUCACGCGCUCGGGGCGCCUUAUCCUCUGGGAGGCCCCGCCCCUAGGCGCCGGAGGGGGCGCGCUCCUGCCCGGGGCCGUGGAGCAGCCGCAGCCCCAGUUCGUCUCCCGUUUCCUGGAGGGCCAGUCGGGCGUGACUAUCAAACAUGUGGCCUGCGGGGACCUCUUCACAGCCUGCCUGACCGCUUUUUCUUGCUCCUCCAACCCAUGGACUGGCUUAUCUGGAAAACCAGCCCAACCUCUCUCUCCCUUCUCGUUCCUCACCACCCCCCACUCUCCAGACCGAGGUAUCAUCAUGACCUUUGGCAGUGGCAGUAACGGGUGCCUAGGCCAUGGCAGCCUCAAUGACAUCAGCCAGCCCACCAUUGUGGAGGCGCUGCUGGGCUAUGAGAUGGUGCAGGUGGCCUGUGGGGCCUCUCACGUGCUGGCCCUGUCCACAGAGCGAGAACUAUUUGCGUGGGGCCGCGGAGAUGGUGGCCGGCUAGGACUGGGCACCAGGGAGUCCCACAGCUGUCCCCAGCAGGUAUCCAUACCCCCAGGACAGGAAGCCCAGCGGGUUGUAUGUGGCAUUGACUCCUCCAUGAUCCUCACCGUGCCUGGCCGAGCCCUGGCUUGUGGGAGUAACAGGUUCAACAAACUGGGCCUGGAUCACUGCUCCCUGGGGGAGGAGCCUGCCCCCGACCAACAGGUAGAGGAGGCCCUGAGCUUCACACCACUAGGUUCCGCACCCCUGGACCAGGAGCCCCUGCUGAGUGUGGACCUGGGCACUGCUCAUUCAGCUGCCGUCACUGCCUCUGGUGACUGCUACACUUUUGGCAGCAAUCAGCAUGGGCAGUUGGGCACCAAUGCCCGCCGGGUCAGCCGGGCACCUUGUCAAGUCCGAGGCCUGCAGAACAUCAAGACAGCGAUGGUGGCCUGUGGGGAUGCCUUCACUGUAGCCAUUGGGGCAGAAGGCGAAGUGUACUCUUGGGGCAAAGGGGCCCGAGGUCGACUGGGAAGAAGGGAUGAGGAUGCUGGACUCCCUCGGCCAGUGCAGCUGGAUGAGACGCACCCUUACACAGUGACUUCUGUGUCCUGUUGCCAUGGAAACACUCUGCUGGCCGUUCGCCGGAGUCUUGCCACCUACCCCCGACUCGGUAACCUGAGGCACGGAUUAGCACAACUUCUGAGCUCUUUCCUCCCCUGUCGACUGGAAAUGCAUCUGCCAAGGGUACCAAAGUGUCUACUGCGGAGCUAAUCCUUGCUGAAGGUUGCCUCUCACCCCACACCCCAGCCUUUCCCCCAAAGCAGGUUGGGAGAAAGGGUUGCUGGCUGGGCCAGACCAGUUUUCCAGAUGACUGGGAAAUAGCGCCAAUAAAAACAUCAGCUGCCUGCC